UAUGUGUAUGUAUAUAGACAGAGAAAUUGAAUUAAAAAAAAAAAGGAAAAAUGGGAAUAAGGGCACUUCCAUUAUCAUCUUCACAAAAUGGUGUUUUUCUGCAUCCAGUGACAGCUGGCAGUGCUGUGAAGAAACAGUACUACUGUUCGAAUUACAGAUAUCAUGUUUGCAUUAGAAAGAAGUCAAAAAUAGGUAUGGUGGUGACGUGUGCGAAGAAAGAGAGCAACAAUGGCGGAAAAGAAGAAGAAGAAGAAGAAGAAGCAACGAAGAAGAAGAAGAGGAGAAAACAGAAUAUUUUUGAGAGUGUAACAGAAGCUCUUGAUUUCUCACAGGUUAGAUCUGAAAAAGAUGCUGACCUCAUCGAUGAAGCCAGAGAAGCCACUCGUUCUGGCGAAAGGAUGUCUAAAGAACAGUAUGCAGCUUUAAGAAGGAAGAUAGGAGGAACAUACAAGGAUUUCUUCAAAUCAUAUGUGGAUGUGGAUGGGGAAUAUGUGGAAGAGGGAUGGGUGGACAAAACGUGCAAAGUGUGCAAGAAAGAUACAAGAGGAGAGGCAAGACAAGUGGAUAAGCUUGGGAGAUAUGUACAUGUUGCUUGCCUUGAUAAACCUUCUUCCGGCAACUUCUUUACCAGACUCUUCUCCGGUUGAUUUCCGUUAUACGUACUUUAAUUUAUUAUUAGUGUGUCGUCUUAGCUUCACAAACUGUACAAUUAAUUAUAUAUAAUCGACGCAGUGUGUGCAUGUGUUCUUUUCUGAGUUUUGUACUUCUAUGGAUGUAUAAUUUCAAUUAUCUUUUCGACAGAUUAGAGUGAAUCAAUCGAACAAGUUUGGUGAA